AUGGAUACCCCCCAAUCAGUCGGCAGCGUCGGCUCCCAGGGUUCCCAGACCGCAAAAGAGUUUAUUGAGGCUCAGCUGCAGCUAGAGGCCGAUGCACGGGAGGCGCUUCCUUAUGCUUUCGACUCCUGCACCUAUGACCUUGGACCCUUGCGACAGAACCUAUUUGCUUGCCUCACCUGUAAUCCACCGCCCUCCAACCCUGACGAUCCAUACUCUGCUGCCGCUGUCUGUUACUCAUGCUCCAUCUCUUGCCACGGCGAACACGAGCUAGUUGAGCUCUUCAACAAACGCAACUUUGUCUGUGACUGUGGAACUACUCGCUUGCCCUCGUCCUCCUAUUGUACGCUCCGUGAAGACCCUGCGACUGGCAAGAAGGGUGUCCAUUCCCAAAAGGCGGCAGCUGGCAACGCCUACAACCAUAACUUUCGUAAUCGUUUUUGCGGCUGUGGCGAGCAAUACGAUCCGAAUACAGAGAAGGGUACUAUGUUCCAGUGCCUGGGGCUCGGCACCGUCGAGACCGGAGGCUGCGGUGAGGACUGGUGGCACCCGGAAUGUCUCGUUGGCUUGUCGCGUGAUUGGCAAAAACAGUUCCAGAAGAUCAAUCCCAUCGGUGGCGGUGAUGCUGCUAAUGAUGCUGUAGUGGAAGCCGAGGAAGGAUCGCUUCCACCUGGCUUCCCCGAAGAAGAUGCUUUUGACCAUUUGAUCUGCUUCAAAUGUAUCGACUCCAACCCGUGGAUCAAGCCCUAUGCGGGCACCCCCGGAUUCUUGCCACCCGUUUUCAAGGAGGGUGGACUGAAGAAGAUCUCAGUUCUCACCGAGGUGUCCACUGACUCCAAGUCUAGGAUGACCAAGUUCAAGGAGAGUGAGCUUAACGAGACCGAUCUCAAGGAAUCCAAACUCAAGGAGUCGGACUCUCCGAGGAAGCGCAAGGCAGUUGAUGAGGAUGCCACUGAAGGAGAACCGGCUACGAAGCGGACCAAAGAAGAUGAACCAUUCGUCGAGCAAGAGCAACCACGAAAUUUGAAGAAAGAAGAGGGCUCUGCCUACUCUAAGACUGAGUUGACUGGGCUCAAGGAGAAAGGCGUUAGUGAUACCGAUAUCAAAAAUUUCGAAACCAAGGAGCUCAAGACGGGGACCGACUCGUCGAAAAAGCGCAAGGCAGACGAUGAGGACCAAGUUGAAGGAGAACCGGUCAUGAAGCGAACCAAAGAAGAUGGGACCUCUUCCAAGCAAGAGCAACCGGAGAGUCUCAAGGAAGGAGAGGAUCUUCCCAAGCAAGGAAAGGACACUCACGUAAGGCCAUCUGCGCCCAAGCACACUGAGCUGCCCACCUCUCUCCCCACGGGAUCCUUCUCUCUUUUCGCCCAGGGAGAUUUCUAUGGUCAAUUGUGUCACUGUGAAGAGUGCUUCCCAAAGCUCGUGCCUCACCCCCAGCUUCGCGAAGAAGAAGAUACCUACGAGCCUCCCUUGUCGGAUGACGGCGAAGGCAACGGCGCCACAAGUACCGGUACGGGCAGCAUCUACGACCGCGGUACAGCCGCACUCAACAACAUGGACCGUGUGCGUGCUCUUGAGGGUGCAAUGGCGUACAACCACCUCCGUGACAAGCUGAAGUCAUUCCUACAGCCUUUCGCUGAAAGUGGGCAGGCGGUCAGUGCUGAGGAUGUUAAGGGCUACUUUGAGAAGCUGCGUGGUGACGAACAGGGCAUCAAGGAUGCAGCUGAUCAUGCCUCUGCUGUGGGGGGUGACAGCAAUGAUGAUAAGAAUGGAGACAAGCGCAAUGAACAGCAUGGUAUGUGA